CAUAAUGAAUGGCUUCAAUUCAAGCAAAGAUAAGAGAAAAAAAAUGAUAAUAAAUCUAUGAUUACCGAAGAUAAGCAUCGAUCAUGAUCGAAUAGCAUGAUCUUAAUUGACUAAACAUUGGCAUGAAUGAUUAAUGAUCGUGUUCAUGAUGAUGAUUUAGCAAUCUACAUUCAUUAAACAAACAUAUUGAACUUGAUAGUAAUCUAUUGAUUGGAUUGAUUCGGCUGCAUUAUUCGUUAUCCAUAUUCUAAUAUUUUAUAAAAUGCACGCACUUUGUUGUGAUGUUGGUUCUGGUAGUGUUCGUGUGGCUAUUUUUGAAUUUAAUGAUAAUCAAUUGAAUCCAAAACCGUUGGCUUUUUCUACACAUCAGUUGACCAUAUACAAUCGGAAAAAGAAUUUUUACGAGCAAAAAUCCAGCGAAAUAUGGCAGGCUUUCUGUAUGGCAGCUACUGAUUGUUGCAAACAGGCGAAUCAGAAUCAAACACCAUUAACGAUUGAUGCGAUUGGUUUUACUGCGACAUGCUCACUUGUCAUUAUCUCUGGUGAUGUUAAUAAUCUAAAUUCAAAACAAUUAUCGAAUGACUAUGAUGUAAUCAUGUGGAUGGAUCACCGUGCUUCCAAAGAAGCAGAGCUCAUCAAUCAAACUGGCCAUCAAAUUCUUGAACAAUUUGGUGGCACUUGUUCACCCGAAUUCUCAUUACCAAAACUUAUAUGGAUUCAUAACAAUGAUCCGGAACUUUUUCGACGUACAAAAGCUUUUAUGGAAUUACCGGAUUGGCUCAGUUACCGUUGUUCGAAUCAAUGGUCUGAAAACCAACCAGAACUAUUUCCUCGUUCCCUAUGUUCUGUUGUCUGUAAAUGGGGUUAUGACGUUGAACAGGAUAAAUGGCAUUCAGAUUUAUUCGAAAAAUUAGGCAUAAAAUUUGAUGAAUCGAUACGUAUGAAAAUUGGCACCAAAAUCAUUCAACCUGGAAUGAUGAUUGGUCAUUUAAGUGCCGAAAUUGCUCACCAAAUUGGAAUAUCGUUUAAUGGUGGCGAUCAAACUAUAAAAAUUGCCUGUCCAUUGAUUGAUGCUCAUGCUGGUGCCAUCUCUAUGUUAACUUUUUCGGAUCGUUCCAUUUCGAAAUCAAAUUUGGGCAAAUCAUUUGAAAAUAUACUCUGUAUGAUCGCUGGUACCUCGACUUGUCAUAUGGUUUUGAAUCAAAACCGAACCAUGACCAAAGGUGUAUGGGGACCUUAUCCUAAUGCAAUCAUUCCCGGAUAUUAUCUUCGUGAGGCUGGACAAAGUGCCUCUGGAGCGUUAGUAGAACAUAUAAUUCGACAGAAAAAGUCUUCAGAUGGAAAAAAUUUUAAAGAAAUCAUAAAAAAACUGAACCAUGAAUUACAAGCCAAGAAUUUCAUUCAUCAAACUUCAUUGGUUGUGAAUCCAUCGUUCCAUGGAAAUCGUUCACCAAUUGCCGAUCCACUUCUAAAAGGUGCCAUCUAUGGUAUGACAUUGGAAGACGAAUCAUUGCUUGAAAUCUAUGGCGCCACAAUUGAAGCAAUUGCUUAUGAAACAAAAUUUAUCAUUGAAGAAAUAGAACGCAGUGCACAACCAAUACAGCAGGUGAUUGUAAGCGGUGGUCUUACCAAAAAUGAAUUUUAUCUUCAAAAACAUGCUGAUAUUUUGGAGCGAAAAAUUUUUGUUUACGAUUUAGAUGGCACGGAUCAUAUGUUAACGGGAACCGCAAUCAUGUCUUUCGUAGCGGCUCUAAAUCGAUCGAAUUCGCUAAACGAAUUAAUUUCUUUGCUGAAUCAAGUUCGAGCCAAGAUAGGUGAUGAUGAAAAAAUUCGAAUUUUUGAACCGCGACCAGAAAUUUUUGAUUAUCAUCGAAAAAAAUACAAAUGCUAUCGUAAACUAUUAGAAUGUUCGAUUGAAAUCGAAACAAUCAUAUCAUCUUAAAUGACUCAUUCAUUUUUUCUUCAAAUGCUUAAAUUUAUCUAGUUUGUGAUUAAUUCUUCGGACCAAUUUCGACCGCGAACUUUUCGAUUGAUGUUCGAAUUCUUGAAAUUUGUCAUUACAUUUGUCUUUGAAAAUUUUUGUUUUAAAGUUAUCAAUGAUACGUUUUCUUAUCGUA